CCCAGCCCUUUGCUUAGCUGGACUCUUUCCUUCCCCCUGCGUAGCUCUCCUUCGCCCCACCGCCCCAGACCCCCCUCUGCAAUGCUGCCACACCGGCAGCUCCAACAUCGCAACACCUGUAAAUCUUAAAUUCAGGCUUGAUUUUCCUUUUUUCAAUCCUCGAGAAGUUUAACCUUUGGAUUACACCGGCCAGGAAACAAGACAGAGAUCACCAAGUGGAAAUGGAAUAAUUGAAUAACUUGGACACUUUUUACACAUAAGCGGAUGCUGAUUGGAUUGUAUACUGAAGCUGUGAUUUUCCAUUGACUUCUGCAUGAGGAGGCUUUGCCCUCAACUUAAAGGAUUAUAGCUGAAAUUGUCUGCAUAUCAUCAUGACUCAAGGCGCCUCGAAUGCAGCCGCUGCGGCUCAGAGGCCCAGAGGGCUCGGGAUCCUCGGGAAGCUCAAGGUGUCGGCGGAGCUGCUCAUCGCCCUGGCGGCCCUCCUGUCCUGGGGGGUGGUGGGAGUGGUGAUGUUUGACUUUGUGGAGUACAAGGCAGUCCCUGACAUUCAACAAAUCGUGUCGGACCCUGUGCAAGCUGUAAACGAUGCUGUUGACGAAGUAACCAGUCUGUUCAAUAAGUUUCAAGAAUGUGCACCUGAUUUCAGUGACCCCACUUCCGCUGCCACCUACGCAGCUGAGGAGAUAUCGGAAGCAAAAGAUGGAUUUGUUCGCUAUUUUUCAGAUGAAGAAGGGAACUUCUACCUCAGCUAUGUGGACCCGGUGGUCUUCGGUAGACAAGCUUUCCAUUCGACUAAUGAUUUCAUGUGUGGAGUUACGGGCACCUUCAGGGACACACUGUGUGCGAUAGUGGACACCAUAUUGGAUACUAUAUUGGGUAUAAAUAAAGGAGAAGUUGACAUUAGCUACAUCGACCCGGUGGUCACAGGCCGAGGAUUCUUCAGUGUUACUAAUGACUUUAUAUGUGGAGUGGGGGGCUACAUCCAGGGUGUGUUCUGUGCCAUUUUGGACACAAUUUUGGAUGUAGUGAAAGGAACUGUAGAUCUUAGCUUCAUGGACCCUGUGUUGGUGGGCAGAAAUAUCUUCAGUGCUACAAAUGAAAGCGUUAAUGCUGUAGUGGGCUACAUCCAGGAGAUGCUUUGCACCAUCGUAGACAGUGUACUGGAUGUAACAAAAGGAACCACUGACAUUAGCUACAUUGACCCUGUGGUUAUUGGUAGAAAUGCCUUCAGUGUUGCUAACGACAUUCUGAGUAAAAUAUCAGGAUACAUCCAGGAUGUGCUCGGUGCCAUCUUGGAUGUGAUACUGGACACAACACAAGGCAUCCAGGAUGCUAUGGGAUUCAGCCCCAUGUCAGCUGUGAAGAGAACAGUAGAAAUCACCAAAGAGCAGAUAGACAUGCUCGUGAACUACGUCUCCACAAUGAUGUUUGGUGAUCAAGGGAUCCUUCCAGAAGUGUCCGUUGAUCCCAUGAAAGUCAUAGAAGAUGCUGUGUUGGAGUUCUCAGACAAGAAAGAAGUGUUUGUGGCUUACAUGUCGAGCAUGCUUGUUAGGGAUCAAGGUGAACCUGCUGCCACACCAGCUGUUAAAGAUGAAACUGUGUCUCCCCGCUCUGAUAUAACUCUGGUACAUAGGAAAGGAGAAUUUCUGCCACCUAUUGAGAAAGUUGCAGAGAUCAUGAAAGCUGCCAAAGAUGAAGCUGCUGCUGCUGCUGCUGCUGCUGCUGCUGCGUUAGCUGAAGCCCAGGACUCACAGAUUGAAGAGGCUGAAGUUCCCACUGAAUCUGCCAGGGAAGCAGAUGGGAAAGAGGCAGAGGAAGAUGAUGUGAAACACGUCCACCUUGAAGAGACUGAACAUGAACCUUCUCCAGAAGAUGAGGCAGAAGAGGCUGAUGCUGAGGAAGAGGAGAUUAAAGCAGAGGAGGUUGUAGCACAUGCGGAGGAGAAGGAGGAGGAGGAGGAGAUCAAAGAUGAUGAAGGUGUUGCUACAGAAGGGAAAGAGGAAUUAAAAACAGAGAUAGAAGAAGAAGAAGAAGAAGAAGAGGUGGAGCCAAAAACUGAAGAAGAGGUGGAGCCAAAAACUGAAGAAGAGGUGGAGCCAAAAACUGAAGAAGAGGUGGAGCCAAAAACUGAAGAAGAGGUGGAGCCAAGAACUGAAGAAGAGGUGGAGCCAAAAACUGAAGAAGAGGUGGAGCCAAAAACUGAAGAAGAGGUGGAGCCAAAAACUGGAGAAGAGGUGGAGCCAAAAACUGAAGAAGAGGUGGAGCCAAAAACUGAAGAAGAGGUGGAGCCAAAAACUGGAGAAGAGGUGGAGCCAAAAACUGAAGAAGAGGUGGAAGAAUUGAAGCCAGAGGAAGAGGAGACUGAAGCUGAAGAAGAAUCAGUCAAAGAAGUGGAGACCAAAACUGAAGAUUUGAUAGAGGAGGAGGAUGAGGAGGAUGAGGAAGAGGAGGGAACUCGAACAGAGGAAGAGGCAGUAAAAGAAGAAGAGGAGGAUACCAAAUCGGCAGAUCUUGAGGAAGAAAAGAAGAAAGAGGGGGAGACCAAAUCUGAAGAAGAUGCAGUAGAAGAGGAGGAAGAGGAGGAAGAGGAGAAGGAGACAGAAACUGAAGAAGUUGCUGUAGAAGAGAAAGAGGAGGCAGAGGAAACCAAAACUGAAGAAGAUACAGUAAAGGUUGAGGAGGAAGAGGAGGAGGAAGAGGAGGAAGAAACUGUAGAAAUGCUGGUAGAAGAGGAAGAGGAGGAUGAGACCAAAACUGAAGAAAAAGCUGAAGAGGAGAAGAUGGAAGAUGAAGAUCUCCCUGUUGAUGAAGAAUCAGAUGAAGAACAAACGGACAUUUCUGAAACUCAUGUCCAAUAUGAGUUUGUAAAAACUGACCAGGACGAUCAAGCUCUAGAUCUGGACGAUGAUGAGGAGGAAGAUGAGGAGGAAGAAGACCAACUGGACAAAGUGGAGAAGAUGGAGGUGGAAGAUGAAGAAAAAGAGACACCUGUCCAACAACUUGAUCUUGAAAUUCUAGCAACUGAACAAGUUGAUAAUACCAGUGUAGUGCCUGAAUCUGAUGAUGAGGAAGAAGAAGACAUUAUUGAUGAAGACCAAGACGAAUACUCCGACAUCAUUGACGAUCAGGAUGAAAACAACAACAACAGUGAGAGUGGGAAAACUGAACUCAAACGUAGGAGGAAGGUUCAUAUUCCCUUUGAGAGGCUCAGAAGAGCCGGAUCCAAAGCUGCUCACAGAGAAGAACGCCUUGAAGAUGAGAAAGAACUCCCAGCCGCCGAAACUGAAAAAGAGGAGAAAAAAGUUGAGGAAGACAAACUUGAGGAAACUAUUGAGAUGAAACUAAAAGAAGAAAAGCCAAAGGAGGUGACCAAACCCCUUGAAAAGGAACCACCAACGCCCAAAGAAGAAGAGUCUAAAAAGGAGGAAGAACCUAAGAAACCAUCCAAAGAAGAGGGAGAAGUCAGGAGGCCUUCAGAGGAGAAGAAAGAAACACUAAAGCCUGAACAGAAGACAUCAGUGACAAAACCCUCUGAAGAAAAAACAGAUGUGGAAACACCACCCAAAGACGAAAAGGAAGUCCAGAAACUUCUCAAAGGAGAGAAAGAUGAUGAGAAACAUCUCAAAGAAGAGAAAGAAGCCAAGAAACAUCCAGAAGAAGUAAAAGAGGUCAUACAGCCUAUCAAAGAGGACAAAGAAGUGAAGAAGCCACUCAAAAAAGACAAAGAGGUCAAGAAACCUCUUGCAGAAGAGAAAGAAGUCAAGAAACCGUCUAAAGAAGACAAAGAAGUCAAGGAACCUCUUGCAGAAGACAAAGAAGUCAGGAAACAACUUAAAGAAGACAAAGAAGUCAAGAAACCAUCUAGAGAAGACAAGACAUCUCUCAAAGAAGAGAGAGGGGUCAAGAAACCAUCUAGAGAAGACAAGACAUCUCUCAAAGAAGAGAGAGGGGUCAAGAAACCAUCUAGAGAAGACAAGACAUCUCUCAAAGAAGACAAAGAAGUCAAGAAACCAUCGAGAGAAGACAAGACAUCUCUCAAAGAAGACAAAGAAGUCAAGAAACCAUCUAGAGACGACAAGACAUCCCUCAAAGAAGAGAGAGAGGUCAAGAAACCAUCUAGAGACGACAAGACAUCUCUCAAAGAAGACAAAGAAGUCAAGAAACCAUCUAGAGACGACAAGACAUCCCUCAAAGAAGAGAGAGAGGUCAAGAAACCAUCUAGAGACGACAAGACAUCUCUCAAAGAAGACAAAGAGGCCAUGAAAGCUCUAAAAGAAGACAAAGAAGUCAAGAAGCAACCAAAAGAAGACAAAGAGUCCAAGAAAUCUCUCUCAGAAGAGAAAGACAUCAAGAAAAUGUCUAAAGAAGAGAAAAUAGUCGAUAAACCUAUUAAAGAAGAGAAAGAAGUUAAGAAACUAUCUAGAGAAGACAAAGAAGUCAAGAAACCAACCAAAGAAGGCAAGGAAGUCAAGAAGCAACCAAAAGAAGACAAAGAUUCCAAGAAACUUCUCCAAGAAGACAAAGAAGUCAAGAAACCAUCCAAAGAAGACAAGGAAGUCAAGAAACAACCAAAAGAAGACAAAGAGUCCAAUAAACUUCUCCAAGAAGACAAAGAAGUCAAGAAACCAUCCAAAGAAGACAAGGAGUCCAAGAAACCUCUCAAAGAAGACAAAGAGUCCAAGAAAUCUCUCAAAGAAGACAAAGAAGUCAAGAAACCAUCCAAAGAAGACAAAGAGUCCAAGAAACCUCUCAAAGAAGACAAAGAGUCCAAGAAAUCUCUCAAAGAAGACAAAGAAGUCAAGAAACCUCUCAAAGAAGUCAAGAAACCUCUCAAAGAAGACAAGACACCUCUCAAAGAAGACAAGACAUUCACGAAACCAACCAAAGAAGACAAGACAGUCACGAAACCAUCCAAAGAAGACAAGACAGUCACGAAACCAUCAAAAGAAGACAAGACAGUUACGAAACCAACCAAAGAAGACAAGACAGUCACGAAACCAUCCAAAGAAGACAAGACAGUCACGAAACCAUCCAAAGAAGACAAGACAUUCACGAAACCAACCAAAGAAGACAAGACAGUCACGAAACCAUCCAAAGAAGACAAGACAGUCACGAAACCAUCCAAAGAAGACAAGACAGUCACGAAACCAUCCAAAGAAGACAAGACAGUCACAAAACCAUCCAAAGACGACAAGACAGUCACGAAACCAACCAAAGAAGACAAGACAGUCACAAAACCAACCAAAGAAGACAAGACAGUCACGAAACCAACCAAAGAAGACAAGACAGUCACGAAACCAACCAAAGACGACAAGACAGUCACGAAACCAACCAAAGAAGACAAGACAGUCACGAAACCAACCAAAGAAGACAAGACAGUCACGAAACCAUCCAAAGAAGACAAGACAGUCAGGAAACUUCUCAAAGAAAAGAAAGGAGUCGAUAAACUUAUUAAAGAAAAGAAAGAAGUUAAGAAACCAUCCAAAGAAGACAAGGAAAACCGCAAACCAUCUAGAGAGGAGAAAGUAGUCAAGAAACUUCUCAAAGAAGAAAAAGAAGACAAGCAAGUCAUUAAAGCUUCUAAAAAGGAGAAAGAAGCAGAGACACCUCUUAAAGACGAGAAAGCAUUUAAUACAUCUAUUGCAGUAGGGAUAGCAUUCAAGAAACCAUCUAAGGAAGACGAGAAAGUCAGUAAACCAUCCCAAGAGAAAAUAGAAGUCUGGAAACUUCUGAAAGAAAAGAAAGCAGAAACAAAACCAUCCAAAGAUGAGAAAGAAGUCAAGAAACCUCUUAAAGACGAGAAAGCAUUUAAUACAUCUAUUGCAGUAGGGAUAGCAUUCAAGAAACCAUCCAAGGAAGACGAAAAAAUCAGUAAACCAUCCCAAGAGAAAAUAGAAGUCUGGAAACUUCUGAAAGAAAAGAAAGCAGAAACAAAACCAUCCAAAGAAGAGAAAGAAGUCAAAAAAACCUCCAAAGAUGAGAAAGAAGUCAAGAAACCUCUUAAAGAAGAGAAAGCAUUUAAUACAUCUAUUGCAGUAGGGAUAGCAUUCAAGAAACCAUCUAAGGAAGACGAGAAAGUUGGUAAACCAUCCCGAGAAGAUAAAGAAGACAAGAAACCAUCCAAAAAAGUAAAAGAAACUGAGAAAUCAUCUAAAGAAGACAAGGAAGUGAGAAAACUGUCUAAAAAGGAGAAAGAAGCAGAAACACCUCUUAAAGACGAGAAAGCAUUUAAUACAUCUAUUGCAGUAGGUAUAGCAUUCAAGAAACCAUCUAAGGAAGAGGAGAAAAUCGGUAAACCAUCCCAAGAGAAAAUAGAAGUCUGGAAACUUCUUAAAGAAAAGAAAGCAGAAACAAAACCAUCCAAAGAAGAGAAGGAAGUCAAGGAAGCUUCUAAAACAGAGAAAGAAGUCAAGAAAAUCCCUGAAGAAGACAAAGAGGUAAAGAAACCAUCUACAAAUAAGAUAGAAGUCACAAAGCCAUCCAAAGAACAGAAAGAGGAGAAGAAACCACUGAGAGAAGGAAGGGAAGAGAAGAAACAUCCUAAGGAAGAGAAAGCCAUGAAAAUAACUCUCAAAGAAGAGACAGAAGUGAAGGAACCACCUAAAAAAGUAAAAGAGGUCAAAAAGCUUCUCAAAGAGGAGAAGGAGGAACUAAGACCAAUGACUGCCAUCACGAAGCCUGCAAAAGAAGAACCAGAACAGAUCUCUAAGGAGUUGAAGGAGAAGGAAAAGGAAGCAAGUCCUUCCAAAGAAAGGGCAGUACCAAUGAAGCCCUCUGAAGAAAAACCUGAACCAGAGAAACCUUCUAAAGACGAAAAAGAGGUCAAGGUUAUUCUCACAGAAGAAAAGGAACCAAAGAAGAUCUCUAAGGAAGACAAAGAACCCAUCAAGAAGAGAGACACUAAGAAAGUGGCAGCUCCCAAGGAGUCCAAGAAAGAAGCAAAGGAAAAAAUCACAACUAAACCUGUAAAACCAGACACUGAACCCAAAAAGGCUGUAAGCGGGAUUAAAAUAGUCAAAAAGGAGGUUGCGUCUCUUUUGAUGAAGGACCAUCUUAAUGUUACAAAAGCAGAGGUUCGUCAAGUACCUAAAGUAAAAUCCAAGCCAGAACCUGCAAAGAAAGCAGCGGCAUUUCCCAAGGAACCUAAGAAGGAACCAAAGGAAAAAGUAAAACCUAAACCUGUAGAAAAAGACGCUGGACCCAAAAAGGCUGUAAGGGGGAUUCAAAUAGUCAAAAAGGAGGUUGCGUCUCUCUUGAAGAAGGAGCAUCUUAAUGUUACCAAAGCAGAGGUUCCAGAGGUACCCAAAGUGAAAGCCAAGCCAGAACCUGCAAAGAAAGCAGCUGCACCUCCCAAGGAACCUAAGAAGGAACCAAAGGAACAAGUCAAAACUAAACCUGUAGAAAAAGACGCUGAACCCAAAAAGGCAGAAAAGGUGACUGAAGAAGUCAAAAAGGAGGUUGUGUCUCUCUUGAAGAAGGAGCAUCUUAAUGUUACCAAAGCAGAGGUUCCAGAGGUCCCUAAAGUGAAAGCCAAACCAGAACCUGCAAAAAAAGCAGCGGUACCUCCCAAGGAACCUAAGAAGGAACCAAAGGAAAAAGUCACACCUAAACCUGUAGAAAAAGAAGCUGAACCCAAAAAGGCAGAAAAGGUGACAAAAGUCGUCAAGAAAGAGGCUGCUCCUGUCCUGAAGAAGGAACAACUUGAUGUUACAAAAGCAGAAGCUGAACCCAAAAAGGCAGAAAAGGUGACUAAAGUCAUCAAGAAAGAGGUUGCUCCUGUCCUGAAGAAGGAACAACUUGAUGUUACAAAAGCAGCAGCGGCACUUCCCAAGGAACCUAAGAAGGAACCAAAGGAACAAGUCAAACCUAAACCUGUAGAAAAAGAAGCUGAACCCAAAAAGGCAGAAAAGGUGACUAAAGUCAUCAAGAAAGAGGCUGCUCCUGUCCUGAAGAAGGAACAACUUGAUGUUACAAAAGCAGAAGUUCCUGAAGAACCUAAACUGAAAGCCAAGCCAGAACCUGCAAAGAAAGCAGCGGCUCUUCCCAAGGAACCUAAGAAGGAACCAAAGGAACAAGUCAAACCUAAACCUGUAGAAAAAGAAGCUGAACCCAAAAAGGCAGAAAAGGUGACUAAAGUCAUCAAGAAAGAGGUUGCUCCUGUCCUGAAGAAGGAACAACUUGAUGUUACAAAAGCAGAAGUUCCUGAAGAACCUAAACUGAAAGCCAAGCCAGAACCUGCAAAGAAAGCAGCUGCACUUCCCAAGGAACCUAAGAAGGAACCAAAGGAACAAGUCAAACCUAAACCUGUAGAAAAAGAAGCUGAACCCAAAAAGGCAGAAAAUGUGACUAAAGUCGUCAAGAAAGAGGCUGCUCCUGUCCUGAAGAAGGAACAACUUGAUGUUACAAAAGCAGAAGUUCCUGAAGAACCUAAACUGAAAGCCAAGCCAGAACCUGCAAGGAAAGCAGCUGCACUUCCCAAGGAACCUAAGAAGGAACCAAAGGAACAAGUCAAACCUAAACCUGUAGAAAAAGACGCUGAACCCAAAAAGGCAGAAAAGGUGACUAAAGAAGUCAAAAAGGAGGUUGCGUCUCUCUUGAAGAAGGAGCAUCUUAAUGUUACCAAAGCAGCAGUGGCACCUCCCAAGGAACCUAAGAAGGAACCAAAGGAACAAGUCAAAGCUAAACCUGUAGAAAAAGAAGCUGAACCCAAAAAGGCUGAAAAGGUGACUAAGGUCGUCAAGAAAGAGGCUGCUCCUGUCCUGAAGAAGGAACAACUUGAUGUUGCAAAAGCAGAAGUUCCCGAAGAACCUAAACUGAAAGCCAAGUCAGAACCUGCAAAGAAAGCAGCUGCACCUCCCAAGGAACCUAAGAAGGAACCAAAGGAACAAGUCAAACCUAAACCUGUAGAAAAAGACGCUGAACCCAAAAAGGCAGAAAAGGUGACUAAAGAAGUCAAAAAGGAGGUUGCGUCUCUCUUGAAGAAGGAACAUCUUAAUGUUACCAAAGCAGAUUCUCCAACAUUAGAAGUACCCAAAGUGAAAGCCAAAACAGAACCUGCAAAGAAAGCAGUGGCACCUCCCAAGGAACCUAAGAAGGAACCAAAGGAACAAGUCACACCUAAACCUGUAGAAAAAGAAGCUGAACCCAAAAAGGCUGAAAAUGUGACUAAGGUCGUCAAGAAAGAGGCUGCUCCUGUCCUGAAGAAGGAACAACUUGAUGUUGCAAAAGCAGAAGUUCCUGAAGAACCUAAACUGAAAGCCAAGUCAGAACCUGCAAGGAAAGCUGCAGCACCUCCCAAGGAACCUAAGAAGGAACCAAAGGAACAAGUCAAACCUAAACCUGUAGAAAAAGAUGCUGGACCCAAAAAGGCUGAAAAGGUGACUAAGGUCGUCAAGAAAGAGGCUGCUCCUGUCCUGAAGAAGGAACAACUUGAUGUUACAAAAGCAGCAGUGGCACCUCCCAAGGAACCUAAGAAGGAACCAAAGGAACAAGUCAAAGCUAAACCUGUAGAAAAAGAAGCUGAACCCAAAAAGGCAGAAAAUGUGACUAAAGAAGUCAAGAAAGAGGCUGCUCCUGUCCUGAAGAAGGAACAACUUGAUGUUACAAAAGCAGAAGUUCCUGAAGAACCUAAACUGAAAGCCAAGUCAGAACCUGCAAAGAAAGCAGCGGCACUUCCCAAGGAACCUAAGAAGGAACCAAAGGAACAAGUCAAACCUAAACCUGUAGAAAAAGAAGCUGAACCCAAAAAGGCUGAAAAGAUGACUAAGGUCGUCAAGAAAGAGGCUGCUCCUGUCCUGAAGAAGGAACAACUUGAUGUUACAAAAGCAGAAGUUCCUGAAGAACCUAAACUGAAAGCCAAGCCAGAACCUGCAAGGAAAGCAGCGGCACUUCCCAAGGAACCUAAGAAGGAACCAAAGGAACAAGUCAAACCUAAACCUGUAGAAAAAGACGCUGGACCCAAAAAGGCAGAAAAGGUGACUAAAGUCAUCAAGAAAGAGGCUGCUCCUGUCCUGAAGAAGGAACAACUUGAUGUUACAAAAGCAGAAGUUGCUGAAGAACCUAAACUGAAAGCCAAGUCAGAACCUGCAAGGAAAGCUGCAGCACUUCCCAAGGAACCUAAGAAGGAACCAAAGGAACAAGUCAAACCUAAACCUGUAGAAAAAGACGCUGAACCCAAAAAGGCAGAAAAGGUGACUAAAGAAGUCAAAAAGGAGGUUGCGUCUCUCUUGAAGAAGGAGCAUCUUAAUGUUACCAAAGCAGAGGUUCCAGAAGAACCCAAACUGAAAGCCAAAACAGAACCUGCAAAGAAAGCAGCUGCACCUCCCAAGGAACCUAAGAAGGAACCAACGGAACAAGUCACAUCUAAACCUGUAGAAAAAGAAGCUGAACCCAAAAAGGCAGAAAAGGUGACUAAAGUCAUCAAGAAAGAGGCUGCUCCUGUCCUGAAGAAGGAACAACUUGAUGUUACAAAAGCAGAAGUUCCUGAAGAACCUAAACUGAAAGCCAAGUCAGAACCUGCAAAGAAAGCAGCGGCACUUCCCAAGGAACCUAAGAAGGAACCAAAGGAACAAGUCAAACCUAAACCUGUAGAAAAAGACGCUGAACCCAAAAAGGCAGAAAAGGUGACUAAGGAAGUCAAAAAGGAGGUUGCGUCUCUCUUGAAGAAGGACCAUCUUAAUGUUACCAAAGCAGAGGUUCCAGAAGUACCCAAAGUGAGAGCCAAAACAGAACCUGCAAAGAAAGCAGUGGCUCCUCCCAAGGACCCUAAGAAGGAACCAAAGGAACAAGUCAAACCUAAACCUGUAGAAAAAGAAGCUGAACCCAAAAAGGCAGAAAAGGUGACUAAAGUAAUCAAGAAAGAGGCUGCUCCUGUCCUGAAGAAGGAACAACUUGAUGUUACAAAAGCAGAGGUUCCAGAGGUACCCAAAGUGAAAGCCAAGUCAGAACCUGCAAAGAAAGCAGCUGCUCCUCCCAAGGAACCUAAGAAGGAACCAAAGGAACAAGUCAAACCUAAACCUGUAGAAAAAGAAGCUGAACCCAAAAAGGCUGAAAAGGUGACUAAAGUCAUCAAGAAAGAGGCUGCUCCUGUCCUGAAGAAGGAACAACUUGAUGUUACAAAAGCAGCAGCGGCUCUUCCCAAGGAACCUAAGAAGGAACCAAAGGAACAAGUCAAACCUAAACCUGUAGAAAAAGAUGUUCCUGAAGUUCCUAAGGUGAAAGCCAAAGCAGUAACUGAGAAGAAAGCUACCAAGGAGCCCAAGAAGGAACCAAAGGAAAAACUCAAAUCUGUAUCUGUAAAACCAGAAGUACCAAAGGAAAAGGCCAAAGCAGCUCCUACUAAGAAAGAAGCUGUUGUUCCAAAAGAAAAGUCCAAACCAGUCAUCUUGAAAAAAGAACAAGAGGGCACUCCAAGAAAUGCCUCUCUGGUGAAACAGAGAGUCAAAAUAGUGCCUAUGAAAAAAGAAGUCAAGGCACCUAAAGAGAAAGUCAAGUCGGUCUCUCCAGUGACAGAAGCAGCGGUUUCAAAAGAGAAGCCCAAAUCAGCUCCUAAAAAGAAAGAACCUGCUCCACUUAAGACAAAAGCAGCCUCAGUGCUCAAAGUAGCAGAAGUAGCGCACAAAAAUGUCUCCAUAACAAAGGAGAAGGCAAAGGUGGUGCCGCUGAAGAAAGAAGUUGAGCUUCUCAAGGAGAAGAAGGCCACGCCAGUGACCCCCACCAAAGCACCUGCUAUCAAAGCAAAACCUGCAGAAAAGAAGAAAGAACCUGAGGCCAAGGCACUUCUUGCCAAAACAGAACUGGACAUAUCUAAAGAAAUGGACAAACUUGCUGAAUUGGAGAAAGCCAUUUCUAGGGAAAAGGCCAGAGCGCUGCGUUUGAGGAAAGAGCUUGACAUUUUAAAAGAGCAAGUCAAACCCAUCGCAACAGAGAAAGAAGACAGAGUUCGUAAAGAAAAACCAGAGCCUGUAGAGAAAGAAAAAACUCUAAAGAAGAAGGCCGCCAAAGAAGAGAAAUCUAAAGAGGACAGAGUUCUUAAAGAGAUACAGGAGCCGGCAAAGAAAGAAAAAGCUGCUGAGAAGAAAGUGGCUAAGGAGGAGAAAAUCAAAGCCGAGGCUUCUGUAUCGGACAGCUUUCAGAUGGAAGAAGAGCCCUACUUCCAGUGUUUCUUCGUGGACGAGGAAGAGGCCCAGUUUCCUUUCUACGCCUUCUCACCGAUGCAGAUUUGAUAGGUUUACAAUUUAGUCAAUUUUACUGAUAACGACAAGGUCACGUCACGCCCUGCCGGCGCUGCUGAAACGCAGACGGCUGCUCACUGCUGGUCUUCAGGAGAUAACCCUGGACCGCAGAGGAUGACGAGGGAUUUUAUAUGAUGGACCGAUUUUAUUUAACUUCCAGAUUUGGUUGAGCUCUCUUUCCAUGCAGCCAGUGUCAUUCCUUUCCAUUUUUAUUUGUAUUUAUUGAUUAUUUCUGUGUUUAAUUGUUUUGAAAGGUGGAUAUCAUGAUGGAACAAUAUCGUUUAUUACCUCUGUGGAUCAUUCAUUUAGAUCCCCACAGCAACACAAGCAAAGUAAUACAAUUGUGCAUUUUUUUGAAGAAGAAACAUAGUGCUGUACACAGGGUACAGGGCCACAGUUGCAUUUUCAUGGGUUCAAUUCCCACAUUUACUUGAAAAGUGGUUUGUACAGUUAUCAUGCAUUUUACGCACCGUCAUUGUCUUUUUCCUUCACUGCAUUGUAGAUGGCGAGUCUUUAAUGCUCACCUUUUUUGCCUUUAGGCCCUGGAACAAACAAUUGGCCAUUUGUGUUGUCUGUGCAUAAUUCAUGAUAUUUAUGAUUUUUUCAGUUAUUUAAAAAAGAAACUUAUUUUCUCACAUAUUCCUCUAUCUAAUGAAAGAAAGUUGUUUCUGUUUCUGUCUCCUAUGUCUACUAUGUGUCAAAAGGAAUGACCACACACUGUAUAUGAGAGCUCCCAAAUGUUCUGAGGAAAAACUACCUACUAAGUCUUAUUAAACUACCACCAUGUGCACACAGCUCCUCAUUUUGACAUCUAAAAUCAAGCAAUGCAUGGCCUGCAGUGUCAGGGUUCAUAUCAAAGUAAAGCAUUCAUUCACUAGUUGGAUGUUAUGUUAGAAAGUUGUGUUUUUUCCAGCUGCUCACUGUUGGAAUACUUAAUCUAUGGCAUUUUAAUUUAAAAAAUAUGUUUUACAAGCUGGGACAUUAUUAGUAGGGAACAUGUGAGGAUUUAUUUUGUCAGUCAAGAAGGAUGUGGCUAACAGCGAUUCCUUGAUAGACCAAAAACACACUGACCCUUGGUUCAGUGUCUGUGUGCACAACAUAGAAACAUGAUAUAUAUAUUUAGCAACCUUUUGAACA